ACAGGCGUGCACUGGACAGACAAGCAGCACACACUACAAGGGCUACACAGAGACCUCACACCACUACCUCUUGACUUUAUCAGGCAAUACACACAGAACUAUGGUACUGCCAGCGGGCAUCUCAGCAGACACCUCUGCUCUUCUGACAUAGGAUAUCAGACACAGCAGCAGCUUUAGAAUAGUUAUCGAAGACUGGUCUUGACGUUAGUGUGACUGUCAGAUACAGUGAACUAGAGAGCAGCCAUGGACACCGUCCACGCCUAUGGGGUUAGCACCACACGAUACCUCCAGACUCACUACAGGGACACUCAGAGCUGGUUCCUGUUUGUUUCCAUGGCAGCUGACCUGCGGAACACCUUCUUUGUCUUCUUCCCUGUGUGUUUCCACCUGCGGGAAUCAGUGGGGGUCAAGCUGGUCUGGGUGGCUGUGGUGGGAGACUGGCUCAACCUUAUCUUCAAAUGGAUCCUGUUUGGCGAGCGUCCCUAUUGGUGGGUUCAAGAGACUCCUUACUAUGGCAACUCAUCAGCGCCACAAAUUGGGCAGUUCCCUAUGACCUGUGAGACUAGUCCAGGAAGUCCGUCGGGUCAUGCCAUGAGUGCUGCAGGGGUUUACUACGCUAUGAUCUCAUCACUCCUCGCCAUCCUCCUCAAGGAACAUGGGGGUCACAUCAAGAACUGGUGUGUCCACGCGACCCUGUGGGCUGUCUUCUGGUGUGUGCAGGUGUGUGUCUGCCUCACAAGGGUUUUCAUCGCUGCCCACUUCCCUCACCAAGUUGUCGCUGGGGUCGUCACAGGCAUCCUAGUGGCGGAGACCUUUGACCGGGUCCAGUGGAUCUACAGGGCUAGCCUGAAGCGUUACAUCUACACCACCCUCUCCCUGCUCUCCUUCGCUGUGGGCCUUUACCUGGUCCUUAGGGGCCUGGGGGUGGACCUGCUCUGGACCCUGGACAAGGCCCAGCGCUGGUGCCAGCGGCCCCAAUGGGUCCACAUAGACACUACACCCUUCGCCAGCCUCCUGCGCAACACCGGCACUCUGUUAGGCCUGGGCUUGGGCUUGCACUCGCCCCUCUACGCCGAGGCCCGGAGAGUAGGCAGUGGCGCCACAUAUAGGCUGGCAUGCGCGGGCGCCACACUGCUGCUGCUCCACCUACUGGACUCAUUCAAACCACCAGCCCACACCAGGGCUCUGUUCUAUCUGCUGUCCUUCUGUAAGAGUGCCACUGUGCCCCUGGCCACUGUGGGCAUAGUGCCCUACUGCGUGGCCGAGGCAGCGGGACUGAACGGAAAGAAACACCAGUUUUGAAGUAAUUCGAACUUAUUGUAAUUCUGUGACAAAUGCCCUGAAGGGACAGACAGAGGCGGACUGUCAUAGGAGAAGCAGGAAUGUUCACCCCAGUUGAAAGGGCUUGAAGGUCGGUCAGUAGACACUUGUUGCUGCAUGAGGUGGAUGUUUAAUAUUACUUUUUUCCCCUCUUUUUUUUGUCACAUGCACAGAUGUAGUUGCAGUGUACAGUAAAAUUCUUAAGCUCUGAGCUCCAGCAGUGCAGGUGUGAAUGAAACAAUAAAAAAAUACAAAUAAUAAUCAUUAUUAUUAUGUAUACAUGUUUACAACGUGACAAUGAUCAAUAUAAAUGUUCAUUGGGUGUGGGCAGGGUAAUUGUCCGUUGGGGGGGGGGAUAAAAUGUCCAUAGAGGGAUCAGCUGUCGUUUUUCAAUGGAAAAGUUCUGGUAACCUCACACAGUGCAGUGGUCAUGGACAGGGCCUGCCCUGAGAAAUUAGACAGCAAUAUAAAGCCGUUAUUAGCUCACUACUUGGUUUUCUUUUUAUAUGACAUGAGAGACAAUUGUUUUAAACGUAAAUAUCUACAGUGGGGAGAAAGAAGUAUUUCAUACUUCCGUAUGAAAGUCCGUAUUGCCCAGCGACAGCCCCGAAACCUGAAGGAUCUGGAGAAGUUCUGUAUGGAGGAGUGGGCCAAAAUCUGGUAUGGAGGAGUGUGUGCAAACCUGGUCAAGAACUACAGGAAACGUAUGAUCUCUGUAAUUGCAAACAAAGGUUUCUGUACCAAAUAUUAAGUGCUGCUUUUCUGAUGUAUCAAAUACUUAUGUCAUGCAAUAAAAUGCAAAUUAAUUACUUAAAAAUCA